AUGGUGAACGGGACCACCGCCGUGUUGGAACCCACAUUCACCGGGUAUGUCGCAACUACACAAGAUGCUCUGAUACUCUUUGAAGCAUGUUUGACCGGUGUCUUGCAUCAUGUUCCGCGACGCCCUCAUGACCGUGAACGAAGUCAUCUCGUGCGCAGUGGAAGUGUCUUCAUCUAUGAAGAGAAUGCCUCGGGCAUCAAACGCUGGACUGAUGGAGUCACCUGGAGUCCAAGUCGCAUUCUGGGGAACUUCCUCGUUUACCGUGAGCUAGACAAGCCAUUUCCUCCUGGGGAGAAGAAGCGCGCCAUGAAGAAAGCCACUCGACGACCAGUGCCAGCCGGCCGGCCAGGCGAACCUUAUCCACGACAUGAUAGCAGCCAGGGCUAUUCUCCGACAUCUCCCGGCUCUGGCCCCUUCGCAGACCGUUCAUCCCAUCAAUCGGAGCUCGAACGGGCGUUGGUUGGGUCUCUAGUCGAUUCGUACGGCUUCAAGGACUCGGGGUUAGUCAAGAAGACGAUGAGCGUGACGGUUUUGGGCGUGACCCACCAUUUGGUUUCAUACUACAGUGUGGAGGACGUGAUGCGCGGCAUCCUCAACCCACCCUCCAUGGUGGACUCGCUACGCUUUAUUCGACCCCGCACCGAACUCACCCAGAAACAAAGCUUCCGCUCCCCGAUUGAUGAGCUAGAGGCAAAUGCAGUGGAAAACCAGACAGAGCCCGGUCUAUACGCAUAUCGCCCACAGAUGAUGCCUCCACCCACUUACGCCAUGCCAAACCCUUCAAACGACUUCUACAUGCACCCUGGCCCAUAUGCCGCCACCCAUCCCCCGCAGCAAGGCACUAUUCAGGGAUACCCGAUGGGCGCGCCGAUGGCAGCCCAACCCGCGCCAAACCCGUACCUGCCAAACCCAGGGCAAUCUGCCAUCCCCCCAAAGCAGGAUGACUACCACUCAUUCCGCGCAGGCCCCUAUGGCGGAAGCAUGGACUCAAUGAGCGCGCACAGCAUGGCCUCCAUCCCAAGUGGCCUCAACGCAGGACUCUCCAGUUCUCUCAGCGAGCGCAAUAGAUCCACUUCGGAACACAGCCCUUCCGCAUAUCGCAACUCUUCGAUCUCUUCGCGCAGUCAAGCAACAGAUGCUACCUCACCCAUGGAUCCAUCCACCCCGGCCACCUACUCCCGCGGCAGCUUCAGCAUGUCCAGUCAGCUAGAUAGCCAACACCAAUCACUCGAUCGCAACAUGCCUGGCCUCGAUCCUAGCGUGCCUCGUCGCGAAUCAAACCCAAUCCAUCCGUCCUACUACAGUACGGAUCGCUCCCAGUACUAUGUGACUGCGCCUUAUCCUGCCACGCAACCUAUGCCAACAUGGACGACUGCAGCGGCCACGCAACCACAAAUGGCGCAACCACAAAUCUAA